AUGCUAGACUCGUACGACCUCGUCAUGCCUCACAACGUAGCCAUCCGGCAAUAUCGGACGCUCCAGGAGGAUGUCGCAGAUCGGCAUUCAGAAAACUUCUUCGCCACAAUUCAUACCUACUUCCCAAUAUUCGAUAUUCCAAGGUUUCGAGCCAAGUACUCUCGCCUAAGCAACCUAUUCGGCUCGAAUCUACUAUUUGCCCCGCCCCGAGAGAACCAGGCUCAGCAACAAUCGCUGUGCCUACUAUACGCAGUUCUUGCUCUGGGUGCAUUAUAUGCCGACGAUGAUGACAGCUCAUCCUGGGCUUCUUGGUAUUUCUCCGAGGCACAGGAGCUGCUCGGUCGCUUGUUUGAUGCAGUCAGUUUAGAAUUGGUGCAAGCAGGAAUGUUCAUGGGAGCGUAUGCACAGCAUGCUCUUAAACCAAGUUUGGCCUAUAACCUGGCGGGGAUCGCAACUAGAAUGGCAUUUUCAAUCGGCCUAAAUGUUGAUUCCAACCUCACAUCACACGGCUGGGACGCUGAAGAAGGACGGCGCACGUGGUGGAUGAUCUAUAUCCAAGAAGUGGAGUUGAGCGUGGACUCCGGCCGGCCAAUGUCCAUCACCAAAAGUGACAUUGUAGUCGACCUUCCGAAGGACUACGGUGAAGUUGGCACGACUUCAGAUUCAAAUCAGCUACACCAACCGAUGGCUGAGUUCAUAAGAACCCUUGCGGGAAUCGCUCAGAUCACCCGUGCUAUUUUGAAGUUUGUUUCGAGAUGUGGCGGCGCUACUGGCACCAAGAGGUCGUUCGUCAGCCAGAUCCCGUUAUUUGACGAUCGGUUGAACCAAUGGCGGCAAUCGCUCCCCACCCUGCUCCUCUUCGAAGAUGAAGAUUUUCGUCGAGAGCCUGAUAUUGCUAAUAGCUGGAUCUGUCGCCAGCGAAGCAGUCUUCUUGUCCACUACAAUCUCGCUCUUAUCAUCCUGCAUCGGGUUCCUUCCACAAAAUCAGACCCCUCGGCGGCUAGCGACCUAGUCAAUAACUCUCGGUCCACUUCCAUACAAGCUGCACGUGCUAUCAUUCUGCAUGUGCAUGGCUUGUUUGAGGCCGCGCCUUGCCUAAGGCAAUGGAGAUAUUACUGCUAUUAUUGCCUACAAGCCACAUUGGUACUUUUGAUGAAAGUCAUCGACGAGCCUGCGGGCGAGGAAACUAAGGAAAUUGUCACAGUAUGCCAGCUGAGCGUCAGCGUCUUUAGGCAAAUUAAUCUCAGAGCUGCUAAACGGUGCGCUGAGAUAGUAACCCAGAUAAUUGAACGUUGGAAGAGGCAACAAGACGUUAGGAAGGUCGAUUCAGAAGAUUCGUGGUCAACCUUUGAUACACCCGCGGGAGCAACGCGUCUAGAGAUUAUGCCAGAGAGUUAUGAUUUGGACCUCCCCAUCAAUAACGAUAUGUGGUCCUAUUUUGCGGACUCAGAGAUGCAUUCGCGCUCGUUCGAAAAUUGGGUGGAUAUCUUGAAUGCGGAGGACCAGGAUAAAUUUCGAACCACUUAA